CUGUACAACUCUAACAAAGACCAUUAUUCUGCAGAAUUAUUGAUUUUCUUAAAUUCAGUACAAAAUAUUAAAACACUUUUCAUAGAAAAGGAAGUUAAAUUAAUAUUAGGAAAAUGUGUAUUGCAAUGCUUUAGAUAUAUUUAAGUUGAUAUAAAACAUCUUAAAUCUUGUCUGAAAAGAAAGUAAAAUUGAUAACUGGAUAAAAUGGCAGCUAAGGGUGGCGACAAUGCAUCGGAUGAAAUUAUUGACAUCAAAUGUUGUGUAUGUGCUGGGAAAAAUAUAAUACGACAAGCUGAAAAAUACUGUGUAGAAUGUCAAGACUAUUACUGUAUACCAUGUACAGACAUGCACAAAGCUUUUCCAUUAAUGAGAGGACACAAAUUGCUGGAUAAAGCUGAUUUCAGUACACAUGGUUUACAGUCAUCGUUACCAUGUUUCCCAACAGAGAGAUGCUCGAUUCAUAAAGCCAAACUUUUAGACAUGUUCUGUAAGAACCAUGAUGAGGUUGUCUGCGCCACUUGUGUAGCUAUAAAUCACAGAGCAUGUCAGAAUAUACACUCCAUUCCGGAUGAAGUUGACAAUCUAUACAAACAAUCAGCUUCUGAUAAAACCAAGAAACAACUCCUUGCAGCAAAGAAGACUGUAGAGGAUACAAAGAAAGCCAAACAACAAAUUCUCAGUGAGCUAAAGAAACAAAAGCAGAGAGAAACUGAUUCUAUCACAAACUACAGAAAAGAACUUGAGGCUGAGCUCAAGAGACUUGAAACUGAAUCACUCAAGGAAGUUGAUGCACAGUAUAAUUGUAUGGAAAGAGAUCUACAGAGUGAGAUCACGGAAACCGAGAAACAUAUUGAUGUCCUGGAACAAUCUGCUGCAAAGCUCCAAAAGUCUAAUGGAAAUAAAGCCCAAGAAUUUGUAUGUGUCAAAAUUGCUCAGAAAAAUGUCAUUAAAACUGGAAGUUCUACAAGCACCAUUCAAAAACAAACAGAUGAGAAAAUAAGUUUUUCUGCUGAUAUGAAAAUAAAAAACUACCUAAAACAAUUAAAGGCAUUAGGACAGUUAUCUACAGCAGAAGCAACUUACAAGCCAAGAACCACAGCAUACACAGUGAAACAGCAGAGGAAUAUUGAUAUUCAGCUUAAAGAAGACAUACGUACAUGUUAUAUAUAUGGAUCCUGUUUUACUGAGGAUGGCUCCUUGCUGCUUGCUGAUAUUAAUAAUAACAAGUUGAAACGUCUGAGUGGUUCUACAGAUACCCUCAUAGACCAUGUAGACCUGGAGGAAGGACCCAUAGCAGUAUGUCUAACCAGUCAACUAGAAGCUGCAGUAAGUCUGAACAACAAAACCAUACAGUUUGUAUCACUAGGAAACAAGGUGGCAACAACAAGGAAACUGAAGAUGGAUCAUCCCUGUGUUGGUUUGGCCUUCAAUGAUGGGAAAUUUUUCAUAUCUGAUCAAUACAGGACAGUUUAUAUUCAUGAUAUAAGUGGAACCAUGUUAAAUAAAAUUACAACUGACAUAUCAGGCAACCCUAUUUUCAGUAACAGUAAACAUAUUAGUGUGAGUACAAACAGAGACCGUGUGUAUGUGGCUGAUAAUGAUAAAGGUGUGAUAACUCUAGACAUACAGGGAAAUUAUCUAUCAACAUUUACUGAUCCUGAUCUAGUUCGGCCUUGGGGAGUAUGUACAGAUAAGAGAGGAAACAUACUGGUCUGUGGGUUUGAAUCAUCAAAUAUUGUCCAGAUAAGUGAGUAUUCAAAAACAAAGUUAGGCAUCAUCAAAACAAAACAAUAUCCAGUAUCAGUCUGCUUUAGUCCUCACCAGAACAAACUAGCUGUAACUCAUUAUAACAGCAAUACGGUAAAUGUAUAUGAGCUGGAGUAAGAUACAUUUACUGCUGCUGACAUCACAACUAGAAACACUGAAUAAAUGGACACUUAUUUUCAUUUUGGUGUCAAACCAACACAAUUUAGGUCAUAUGGUGGCUUUAAAGCUUUAAUGAUGAAAGAAGACCUCUGGUGCCACUGCAAACAUUACUUCACAGCACAAGAUGGCAUCUAAGUAGAAACACUGAACUUUCACAAGCUAGCUGGAUAGCUUCCUCUCAUGAUGGUCUGAGCAGGGCUCGAACCCUCAGCGGUGAGAGGCAAGUGAUUCAAAGUCAGCAAGCCUUAACAACUCCACCAAGGAGACCCCCAUGACACAUACUAAUGAAAGACCUUCCUGUUAACAGUCUUUUUAACAAGUACAAAAAUACAAACACACAAAAUAGAAAUUAUUAUGUAAUUAAGACACUACAAGAACUUCAGGUGGAGUUUUAAAUAUAAUAAUGGAAUCUGGCUUUGCAUUAACUGUACAACAAUAAGUCAAAGAUAGGUAGAAUACAACAAUAAGUCAAAGAUAAGUAGAAUAUAACAAUAAGUCAAAGAUUGGUAGAAUACAACAAUAAGUCAAAGAUAGGUGGAAUACAACAAUAAGUCAAAGACAGGUAGAAUACAACAAUAAGUCAAAGAUAGGUAGAAUACAACAGUAAGUCAAAGAUAGGUAGAAUACAACAGUAAGUCAAAGAUAGGUAGAAUACAACAGUAAGUCAAAGAUUGGUAGAAUACAACAGUAAGUCAAAGAUUGGUAGAAUACAACAGUAAGUCAAAGAUAGGUAGAAUACAACAGUAAGUCAAAGAUUGGUAGAAUACAACAGUAAGUCAAAGAUAGGUAGAAUACAACAGUAAGUCAAAGAUUGGUAGAAUACAACAGUAAGUCAAAGAUAGGUAAAAUACAACAAUAAGUCAAAGAUAGGUGGAAUACAACAAUAAGUCAAAGAUAGGUAGAAUACAACAAUAAGUCAAAGAUAGGUAGAAUACAACAAUAAGUCAAAGAUAGGUGGAAUACAACAAUAAGUCAAAGAUAGGUGGAAUACAACAAUAAGUCAAAGAUAGGUGGAAUACAACAAUAAGUCAAAGAUAGGUGGAAUACAACAAUAAGUCAAAGAUAGGUAGAAUACAACAAUAAGUCAAAGACUGGUAGAAUACAACAAUAAGUCAAAGAUAGGUAGAAUACAACAAUAAGUCAAAGAUAGGUAGAAUUCAAAAUAGUUUGUAAGAAGCUGUAAAUAAGAAACACAAUUUUGAAUUACCAAUGGAGUUUAUUCAAUGAAUUGUUCAACUUCAAUAUCAUAGAAUGUGUGUGUUUUUGUAUUCUUUUGUUGUACAUAUUCACAUUAUUAUGAUUAAUCUAUGCACUGUAUGUAGAAAAGAUAUAUAUAAUAGAAUUCUGUUCUUUUCUAUUCUGUUUUAGUUUAUACUAAUUUAUUUUAGCUCCAUUAUAAUGAAAGCUUCAAGCUUAUUUGAGACUCUCAAGUCCAUUUCCUGGGAAAACCAGUACUGAUGUCAUACGGGAAGGAGUGGUUGUGAUCCCAGUGAGGGCCGAACCCACCACUCCAGGUUGAGCGGCCAACACCUUAACCACUAGACUACCACUCCCCUGAUUCAUUCUGUAAAAAAUACAUUUGGAUGAUGUAUUUCAGUUCUGUUUAUUUGUUUCUGUCUAUAAAAGAAACCCAUAACACAACAGUUGCCAGAGGAGUCAGAGCUAGUUUAAUGCCGCAUAGUGAAAAGGGCAUACCUGAGGAAACUAGAGCUAUCACUGGCAUGAUUAAUACCCAUUCAAUAUGGUUUUGUCAGAGGAAACAAAACUUUUCAUGUGUGAAGUUUCUGAAUUGGUAACAUGGAUUCAAUUAAGCAGAGUCUGGGUCUCCAUACUUUCAUCCAUCCCAAAAGAAAAAUGUCACGCACAUUUACACUUCACGGCCCUUGUCAUAUAAGAUGCCGGUGAUAAUGUGGAAAAAAUAUUUCAAAUCUGAGUAAAAUCCAUUUAACAAUAACACAGGUAGUGUGAAAGUGUAUCAAAUACAAACCAGAAUUUCUAAGUGUAAAAGCAUAUAUAAUCUUACUAUAGGAGGUUUUUGGUAUUUUUAUAUCCGGGAUAGUACCUUAUAGAUACAUAUGUAUUUGCAUUUUGAUAUUUUG